UCGGUGUUGCGAAGGGGACUAGUCCGGCGCAGGACGUGGGGCUGUUGGAGCCCAGCUGGUUCCGGCUGGGAAAAAUGGCGGUGGCUGGGGCGGUGUCCCGGGAGCAGCUGGUGGGCUGGUGCACCCAGCAGUUGCGGAAAACUUUCGGCCUGGAUGUCAGCGAGGAGAUCAUGCAGUAUGUUUUGUCAAUUGAGAGUGCUGAAGAGAUACGAGAAUAUGUUACUGACCUCCUUCAGGGAAAUGAGGACAAAAAAGGUCAAUUCAUAGAGGAGCUUAUAAUGAAAUGGCAAAAGAAUGAUCAGGAGUUGAGUUCUGAUGCUCUGCAACAGUCCUUCAAAAAAGAUGAAAUGUUAGAUGGGCAGAGAUCAGGAGACCAGCUAAAGAGGAGUAGGCGGAAAGGAAGAAAUAGACAGGAAGUUCCUGCAUUUACUGAACCUGACACAACUAGGGAGGUCAAAACACCUUUUGAUUUGGCCAAGGCACAAGAGAACAGCAACUCCUUAAAGAAGAAGACAAAGUUUGUCAGUUUAUACACAAAAGAGGGACAGGACAGGCUUGCCGUCCUGAUCCCUGGUCGCCAUCCUUGUGAUUGCCUGGGCCAGAAACACAAGCUGAUCAAUAACUGUCUGAUCUGUGGGCGCAUUGUCUGUGAACAGGAGGGCUCUGGCCCCUGCUUUUUCUGUGGUACUCUGGUAUGUACUCGUGAAGAACAGGAUAUUUUACAGCGUGACUCAAACAAGAGCCAGAAACUGCUGAAGAAGCUAAUGUCAGGGACGGAGAGUUCUGGAAAAGUGGACAUCUCUACCAAGGACCUUCUUCCUCAUCAAGAAUUGCGAAUUAAGUCUGGUCUGGAGAAGGCUAUUAAGCAUAAAGACAAACUGUUAGAAUUUGACAGAACUAGCAUUCGAAGGACCCAAGUCAUUGAUGAUGAGUCAGAUUACUUUGCCAGUGAUUCUAACCAGUGGUUGUCUAAAAUUGAACGGGAGACCCUGCAAAAGCGAGAGGAGGAGCUGAGAGAAUUUCGACAUAUGUCUCGGCUCUCUAAGAAAAUCACCAUUGACUUUGCAGGCAGGAAGAUCGUGGAAGAUGAAAAUUCACUAGCAGAGUAUCACAGCAAACUAGAUGAAACAAUUCAGGCAAUUGCCAAUGGAACCUUGAACCAACCACUGACCAAAUUGGAUAGAUCUUCUGAUGAGCCUUUGGGAGUUCUGGUGAAUCCCAACCUGUACCAGUCCCCUCCCCAGGGACAAGUUCAUUUCAGGUGGAUAGACCAGACAGGUGCAGCCUCACAGAAGAAGACUUUCCAUUCAGCAGGAUUGGAACUAGAAUUCAGCUCCUAUCGGCACCAGCUGCGAAUCCAGGACCAAGAAUUUCAGGAAGGCUUUGAUGGUGGCUGGUGCCUCUCUAUGCAUCAGCCCUGGGCUUCUCUGCUUGUCAGAGGGAUCAAAAGGGUGGAGGGCAGAAGCUGGUACACUCCUCACAGAGGACGACUUUGGAUAGCAGCCACAGCCAAAAGACCCUCCCCUCAAGAAGUCUCAGAACUCCAGACUACAUAUCGUGUUCUUCGUGGGAAAGAUGUGGAAUUUCCCAAUGACUAUCCAUCAGGUUGUCUUCUGGGCUGUGUGGACCUCAUUGACUGCUUGUCCCAGAAGCAGUUUAAGGAUCAGUAUCCAGACAUGAGUCAAGAAUCUGAUUCUCCAUUUGUUUUCAUCUGCACAAAUCCCCAGGAAAUGAUUGUGAAGUUUCCUAUUAAAGGAAAUCCAAAAAUCUGGAAACUGGAUUCCAAGAUCCAUCAAGGAGCAAAGAAGGGGUUAAUGAAGCAGAAUAAAGCUGUCUGACCCAGGAGAAAAGGAACUAUACAGCAUAGUGGAGUUUUGUGUACUAAAAUUGCUAUCCACUGGUCCUUUGGAAUGGAAGCAUUAGAAAUCUAAAGGCUUGGCAUCAGGCUUGAAUCUCUCAGAAUUUAAACUCUUACCUAAAUCUGUAUAUUUUUUUUUUUCCUAAAUCUGUAUAUUUUUCUUGAAGAGUAGGAUUCUUACUUUCUGUAGUAGGUCAAAAUCUUUGAAUACAUUAUUUAUAAAAUGCUAUUUUAAAAAUUCUA